AUGCGGGGAUCUGAGGCAUCGGGUCCCGGUGCUCGACUAGGCGUUCACACAAUACUUAUAGCAACAGCAAUGCUACAAUCCGCCAUGGCAGCCUCCGGGGGCUUUGUGACCCUCACACGGUCUCUAUCGAUGGCUACACCUACUGCACACGAUUCUUUCGCUCUCGCCGGGACGUCGCCGCCGCCGGUCGUCGUCGUCGUCGCGGACGACUCCUCGGCCGGGUCGACGGGCAAGGGCAUCCUCAUCGGCAUUCUCUCAGCGUUUGGCUCGGCGGCGGUUGCGGUCGUGGCUCUGGCGGUCUUCUUCUUCUUCAAAUACACACAUCGCGGACGCAUCAUGCUCGAUCGAUUCGGGCGGCCGGGAGAGUUCGACGAUGAGCAGGCGUUUGCGCGCGAGGAGGCCGAGGCGCUGGAGACCAUGGAUGACCUUUCACGGUCGGAAUAUCUACGAUCGAAGGCCUUCGUCGAGGCAAACCCUCCCGAGUCCAUGCAGACCGACAUCUCCCUCUCUCAGUUCCUCGCCAUCCAGGAAAAGGGCGUUUCCGCGUGGGAGUUCCAGCCGGAGCUGGAAAUCGCCAAUUGUUUCGUUGAGGGCCGCACGGAAAUCGAGUUCUAUGAUUCAGAGUGCAGUGUUCAGACCAACUUGCCUGUACCGAAACAGAAUGAGGUCUACUACUGGGAGGCGAAGAUCUAUGACAAGCCGGAAACCACGCUGAUCAGUAUCGGAAUGACGACCAAGCCGUAUCCUUUGUUCCGAUUGCCAGGCUUCCAUAAAACUUCGGUCGCGUACCAGUCCUCCGGCCAUCGCAGGUAUAACCAGCCGUUCACACCGGUCCCCUAUGGCCCUCAGUUCUCCCAGGGCGACGUGAUCGGAGUCGGCUACCGGCCUCGGUCGGGAACGAUCUUUUUCACCCGCAAUGGCAAGAAGUUGGAUGACAUGGUACACGGCCUCAAAUCGCAAAACUUCUUCCCCACGGUCGGCGCCAACGGACCCUGCACCGUUCACGUCAACUUCGGCCAGAUGGGCUUUGUCUUUAUCGAAGGCAACGUCAAGAAAUGGGGUCUGGCGCCCAUGACGGGCAGUCUGGCGCCCCCUCCCCCCUACGGCAGCGAGCAAGGCAGCAUCCUGCUCGAAUCUGGCCGCGAGAGCGCCGCGCAUGUCUCUCACCGUGACGCCGUGCGCAUCGCCCCCGCCCCCAGUCCCGGUCCCAUCCGUUCACCCACCGACAUCUCCCUUGCCCAGCUAUCCCAUAUCCCCUCCCACGACGACAUCGGUGAAGGCUCCAGCACGGACGCCGCCGUGGACUCGCGCACUCCCCUCCUCGCGCCGGAGGAUAUCGACCAACAGGUUCCGCCUCCAAAGUACACCAGCCCGGGCGGCAGUCGUCGAGGCAGCGCUGCAGAGGACGGUGGUUCAUCACCGCCUCCUAUCCCCAGCUAUGACGCUGCGGUCAACAUGCACUCUGCCAACCGGUGA